UCAGGGUGGGGGUCUCCUGCCUGAUCCUUUGUCGUGGUAAGACUUUACGCUGCAGUUUCAUCCACAAGGAGCGGACUUCAACUUCAACAACAACAACAAAAGACACACGCCAAAAACAUCCGGCACAACUAUGUGACCGGGACAGAAAACUAAGGGAACAAAGCAUACAGGGCCCAGGUGAAUCCUGCAUCCUCAGAGUGAAUCAGAGAAGGAGGUCAGUGGGAUGAACAGCAUGCUUCCUCAGAGGAGUGCAGUCGCCACACUGGGCUACGGCUCAGACUGUGUGAAGAUUGAGCACAGCAGCAGUGGCUCAGUGGGUGGGACGUUGCUGAGAGGCUCCCGUUCUAAGGCAGAGCUACAGGAACUGAUGGAGACGCUGCAGCGUAGGAAGAAUGCCCUGGAGGCCAGCCUGAGGGCAGCUGAGUGCAGCCGCAAGUACCUCAGCGUGCCCUCACCUGUUGGACCCCAAUCCACCAGGACAUUGUCCAUCCUCAGCAGUGCCGAUCGCCCUCCGUCUGCCCCUAGAAAUUUCUCCUACAUGACCAGCAGCAGCGUGCCUCCAUCACCCCGCCAGGGCGAACGCCAGCUGAGCCCUAACGGCUUGCUCCGUCAUUCCCACUCUCGCCACCAGUCGCAAGACAGUCUGCUCCUCUCUAAUGCAGCAGAUGGAAGUUCUCUGCUCUCCUCUUAUGGGGAGCCCCUACCUCGUUCUCCCAGGGUCAAAAGUGGAGCAGCCAGUGUGCCGUCCAGCCCUCGCAUGGGCCGCAGGCUGUACUCUCAGGGCAAAGCUGGAGGAGACUCACGGCAGAGGAAAUACUCAACUGGCUCCCUCAGCACCCUGGGGAUGCACAGCCGUUCUCUUCCACGGCUGCACAACACAACAGACCCCCCACUUCUGUCUCUUCCGUCACGCCACUCAGUGGGUUCCCAGAGAGGAGUGGGCUCAGCAGGGGCACGGCGCAGUCUCUCUUCCCUGGAGCAGCCACCAGAUGUGACAGUACCAGCCAGCAUGCCAAGCACUCCCAGAAGGGCUAGUCUGGCCUCUCUAAGCUCUCUGGGUGUAGAGGUCGACGGGAUGGGCUUAGAUCUGGGCUUCGGAGAGAGGAGGUUGUCAUUUGGGAAGGGUGGGUUGGGUCCAGGACAGAGGGUUGGCAGCAUCACCUCUUUGAAUGGCAAAGAGGAGCUGAGAGACUAUCACCAGCACCAGAGAGAUGAGCGACUCAGGGAGCAGAAAGUGCAGAGAUUGGAAUGCCAGCGUCUAGAGACCAUCUUGAACCUGUGCACUGAGUUGGGUCAGGCAGAGAGAGAGUCAGCGGGUUCAGCUGUUUCUGACCUACAGAAGAUCAAUAAGGAGUUGGAGAAGCUGCAGGUGUCAGACGAUGAGUCGGUGUUCUCGGACUCUCCCAGCAGCACUGCUCCAGAGGGCUGCUUUGGGGCCAAAGCCAGAGAUUUCCAACUCGCUGAUGAGCAGCAGAUUAGCCAGCGUCAGCAGAGCGGCUACAGAGAGGCCAGGUCCCACUCACCAGCUAUCAGCCUGAACAGCAGCGCCCCCUCACCCUCCACCCACCACAGAGUCAAGGCCUUGGAGAGUGUGCAGCUGAAACAAGAAGUAACACAUAUAGAGGAAGAGAGGAUUCAAGUUCUGAACAACAUAGAAGAGCUAGAGCAGAAGAUCAAAGACCUGGACAACCAGAUGGAGGAGUCUGUCCGAGAGAUGGAGGUGGAGUGUGCUCUGCUGGAAGGGGAACAGGAGUCAGAGAUGGGCCAGCUGCAGAGGGAAAAGGAGCUUCUGGACCAACUCAAGGAGAAGAUUCAUAGUAUUGAGAAGACGAGCCGCACUGAGAAAUCACAGGAAGCUAAGGAGCAGACAAAAAGUUUGGAGGAUUUGGAGUUUCAGAAAAUGGAGAGAGAAAUUAAUCAGGGCGAGGAAAAAGAGAAUCAGAGCCAAGAGCUGCUGCGAGAGAUCGCCGAGUGUCAGCGUCUUACUGUCACACGCAAGGAAAGACUCAUGACACUGAAGAAACAGUCCUCACAGAUUACCUUACAGGCUCAGCAAGAAAGAGAGAAUUUCCAGAGAGAGAAAAACAAUUUGCUUGUCAUGCUGCAGAAGGAGAGAGAAAAACUGGUGUCUUUGGAAGGAAAGUAUGCAGAGUUGUCUGAGGGGCAAACCUUCACUAACAUCCCUGUAGCCAUCAAAGAGCACUUGCAGUCUCUGAAGGAAAGGAGAAGAAGCAGCAAAGAAAACUCUUCCCAUCCAAGUGAUAGCCUACCUCAUAAGAGGAGCCAGCAGCUCCCCACCUCUUUCGGCAGAUCCCUGGGACGCACGCUUCCUCCAAAGGCUCACCUGCCUCUGUCCCAAAGCUCCAGCUGUGGCAGCGUCAUCCCACAAGGUUUUACCUUCUCUGCCCGGGACCUGAACACCCGCCGCCUGCCCAAGAGCAACAGCCAUGCGCACAUGAAUGAAGACAGACAGAGAAGAAGCGAUUUUUGCAGCAGGAUGGUUUCUGAGCCCAACGUGUUCCUGGACUCCUUCUCUUACCCGGACAACAGCCAGGCCUCAGAUACCAUCAGUGUGGACAGCUCUGACAGCCUGGAGACCAGCUUCUCCGCCUGCUCCCCAGACAACAUCUCCAGUGCUAGUACCUCCAAUAUGGCGAAGAUUGAGGAGAUGGAGCGUUUACUCCGGGAGGCCCAGGCUGAGAAGCAGAGACUCCUCGAGCAUCGGGAGCGUGAGAUGGAGAUGCGCAGACAGGCUCUGGAGGAGGAACGACGAAGAAGGGAGGAACUAGAAAAACGACUGCAGGAGGAGACAAAUAGGAGACAGAAACUUGUAGAGAGAGAGGUGAAGCUCAGGGAGAAACAAAGAUCACAGUCCCGGCUGUUGACACGCUACCUCCCUGUAAGGAAAGACGACUUUGAUCUUCACGGUCACAUUGAGGCAGCAGGACACAACCCAGAUGCCUGCUUCCAUCUGGCCAUCACUGAUAAAACUUGUCGAGGCUUCCUGGUCAAAAUGGGUGGCAAAAUAAAGACCUGGAAGAAACGCUGGUUUGUCUUUGACCAGAAUCGCAGGACACUCACCUACUAUGCAGACAAACAUGAGACCAAGAUGAAAGGGGUCAUUUACUUCCAAGCCAUAGAAGAGGUGUAC